CAACUGUGUGUGGUUUGUGGCGACAGUUCAUCUGGCCUGCACUAUGGUGUGCUGUCCUGUGAAGCUUGUAAGGCGUUCUUCAAGAGGACUGUGCAAGGCAACAUUCGCUACGUAUGCAGUAGUGAUGGCAAAUGUGAGAUAACGAAGAAAGCCAGGAGGUCGUGUCCAGCGUGCCGGAUGGACAAGUGCCUGACCAUGGGCAUGCUUAGAGAAGGUUCUUCCUUA